AAUGAACCUGGGAACACUGAACGUUGCCUCCAAUAGGCAAAAAGCGCAAUUCAGCAAAUUCAGCGCUGCCAUUUGAAUAUAAUCGGUCGAUCUAUCGUUUUUCAGCUGACAUCAUUUUUUUUUGUAUCGAAUGUUGUCGCCAAUUUGAAAACCUACAAAUAACAGUUUUAACCGUUGUUAUGGUUAAGAAUUUUAAAGUGUUGACAACAAAAAUCAAUCAAACAAGCAAGUUGUCACUGUAGAAUCUUGAAUAUUAACACCAUUAAACAUAAAAUGGAUCCAGCCAAAGUGAUUGGAAAAGUAAAAGAACAAGUGCGAAUGGAGCACAAAUCUCGUCGUAACUAUCCAAAAGUUUGGUCUAAUGUGGCCGAUGUUGAAAAAAAUCGCUUCUAUAAUCAAAAUGAAAUUGAUUCUCAGCUAAAGGAUAAGUUAAAGCUACAAGAUCUGUGUCCCUAUAAGCACGACAAUCAGGGCGAAUGCUAUUUUAUAUCAUCCGAUAUGCAUCAUAGUCUUUUAGGGACUUGUCGUUGUGGCAGACCUCGUCGAGGCUUACAUAUGGCUUUUAAAUGCUUGCAGCGAACUAUAAGUCCGGUUUAUAACAAUUCCAAAGAAGAGGCCAUGACCUCAGAAGGUGCCGAAGCGAAGGAGAAGAAACCUCAACUACCUGUGCCCAGUACAUCAAAUUCACAAAUAGGUUUUCUAGGCAUGCAUUCAAGCAGCUACCGCAAACUGGAGCAAUCCAUGCAAUAUGUCUCGCCCACUUAUUCAAUGCCUGGUCCUCGUGUAACAACUGCACCGUAUAAUGUUAUUAUCAUCGGUUAAUCAUCUCAUUCGAUUUCUGAAUUUACCCACAAAUAUAAAUAUACACAUACAAAUACAAAA